GGAAGGGACGUGGCAAAAAUAGUGAAUUCCAAAAAAACGCUAACAAAAUAUAGAGAAAAAUAUCCGUUUUGACUUGAUGUUCACAUUUACAUCUUUGUGUGGUCAUCCAGUAUUUAUAGCGUUCGUGGCAGCUUGACAGCAGGACGAUGGGUUUGUGCAAGUGUCCCAAAAGGAAGGUGACCAACCUGUUCUGCUUUGAACAUAGAGUCAACGUGUGUGAACAUUGCCUUGUGUCCAAUCAUAAUAAGUGUAUUGUCCAGUCAUACCUACAGUGGCUACAGGACAGUGAUUACAAUCCCAACUGCAGUCUGUGCAGUCAGCCCCUAGAUUCUCAGGAUACUGUCCGGCUGGUUUGUUAUGAUUUGUUUCACUGGUCAUGUCUAAAUGAGCUGGCAUCCCGUCAGCCCCUUUACACCGCGCCUGCUGGGUACCAGUGCCCGACAUGCCAGGGUCCAGUUUUUCCACCCCCGAACCUGGCUAGUCCUGUAGCCGACACUUUAAGGGAACAGCUGUCCUCUGUCAACUGGGCAAGAGCAGGACUGGGCCUUCCACUGAUUGAGGAUCCUCCAGAAGGAGAAGAGACCACAAUAGAUGAUGUUACACGUUAUUCUGAAUGGUCAUCUUUUGAGACCCCUGCAGUGGAUAUGGCAAUCUCAGACCCUUCCUCCACCAGUCUACCACCCCAUCAGGAUAAAGAGCUCAUCCACAACAUUCACAAUAAUGGAGAACUGUGUGCCCAGAACCACUCUGUCAUUAAUAUGAGUACCACAUCCACUACUGACACAAUCACCAUUAACACAGCUACUUCCCCAAGGAAGGUGUAUGACACACGCGACUCAGGCCACGCUUCAGUGAUGCAGAUUGACUUUGAUGAUGAUAAGUACCGCAGACGACCUGCCCUUAGCUGGUUUGCACAGGUCCUAAAAAAUCGUACAGGCCCUAAGAGAAAGGCACUUACGCUGAAACAGCGGAUCUUCAUGCUGUUAUUAGUUGGAGUGAUUGGAUUCUUUACCCUCAUCAUCAUCAUGGCAAAACUGGGCCGGGCCUCUGCUGAGUCUGACCCAAACCUGGAUCCCAUGUUAAAUCCCAAUAUCCGGGUAGGCAACAUGUGAUGGAACACCUCUCUGCUUGGACUCAAUUUGUGGAUUCAGCCUGGAAUUUGGCUCUGUUGAAAAAAUGCUGGAGAAGAAUGCACCCCGGGAUGCUGGGACCAGCAUGAAGAUGCCUCUGUGGAAUAAUGUGACUUAUAGAGAUUGUCAGAAAGCUGGAGCAAAUGCCGUUGCACAACAAAUUUCCCAUUUCUGUGUGGAAUGAUAUAGGCUUUAUAAGACUUGCAGUGUGUUUUGUUCAGUUCGGACAUCUUUCCUUUUAAAUUUGUGUCCCCUUUUUGAAACUGGGAAAAAUAAUUUGAAGUGGGUGUGGCUGUUUUUGCAAUCUGUCCUUAAAUUAUUUAUAAUAAUAUGCAUAUGAUUUCUUUGGGAUAACUCAUAUAGAGUGAAUCAGUAUAGGCAGUGUUAUUCCAUUUGAGGCUUUGGUUAUUUGGUUGCUUGAGUUUAUUGUAUGAUUGCUGAUUCAGUUACUAAAUCCCCACUACUUGUAAAAAGUACUCUGCAUAUUUAUAUUUGUGGGCAACUGACUAUGUUCAGAUUGUAAAACUUACUGAAGCAUUUAGAUUUGGUUACUCUCUUACAAAAUUGUAAAUCUGACUACUAGAAAAAUGUUGACAUAUGCCUAAUGCUUUGGCCCUUUUACACAGGUUUCAUAUAUAGGUCAUACUGAAAAUACAUUUUUUUGCUUUGUGACGUUCAAUAAUUAUUGUAUUACUGUCAAACAGUAUUAAACGUUUUUGUCUGAUUCCAAAUGUCUAGAAUUAAAAUCUGCAUAAUUUUUUGGCAGUGCAACAAAUAAUACUAUGAUGUAAACUGAAAUACUAGUAGUGUACAGUUAAAAAGAGCUCAUCAUAUUCACACAGACUACUGAUAAUUGUGCUAGAUUAUGCUCGAUUAUCAUGAAAACGUCACAAUGCAAAAAAUAUUAAAGACUUUUUUUCUGUUGGCAUCUUUCAUUAAUUAUAAAAUACAGUUUUUGUUGGAUUUCUUGACGGAUGACACAGAAGAAUAUAUUAUAUUGAUGGAUUUGCAUAUUUAAAUGACAUUCUAAAAUAUCUAAACCUACAUUUCCUAACUUCAGAGGGCUCAUAUUACAUUUUUCCUACAGGGUUUUUAUCUGUUUCAGAGAAAGUGAUCAACUAACUUUACUGAGAUCCAAUUGCGUUCUAUAAUACUGAAAUUAUCUCCAGUUGUUGGACCCUUUUAACUUCGUCACUUCUUUGUAAUGUACGCAAUAACAUGUCUAAUUCCAACAUGUAUUGGUUUCACAAUAGCAAUUCUUUCCCAGGGUAAUAGGGUUGGCAUCCAGUACAAUUUCCUGAGCUGGCAACAACAAGUGAAGACAGGGAGUGAUAUGUCAGGGUGAAUUGUAGGAGAAAAUCUGCCAUGGGCAUAUGGAGGAGGUAAUAUGCCAUGUGCAAAUCAUGCCAGUGGAAUGUUUCUUCACAGGCAUCUCCAUAACAUGGAGAAAUAGGAACACAUCGAUUCUGUGUUAUGGACAUUAGCUAUAUGAUGCAUCCAUUUCAACAUGUUUUACUGUAGGGUAUCUUUGGGUAUGGCCAUGUGGUGACAGUAAAAAUGUGUGGAACUGAUUAAUAUAUUUAAAUAUAAUGUGAUUAUAACUGCACAUUGAAUUAAAUUAAAUGUCAAUUAUAGAACCGCUCUCUGAAACAUAAUUUAAAGUGUCAUUUUAUUUCUUUACAUAA